AUGAAGUGGCUGCUGCUGCUCGGCUUGGUGGCUCUGUCUGAGUGCCUUAUCUACAAGGUCCCCCUCGUCAAAAAGAAGUCCUUGAGGAGGAACCUGAUCGAGCAUGGCCUGUUGGCAGACUACCUGAAGACACACAAACUUAAUCCAGCCAGCAAGUACUUGAAGGAGGCCGCCUCCUUCACGGACACCGAGACCCUUGAGAACUACUUGGACAUGGAGUACUUCGGCACCAUUGGCAUCGGAACCCCUGCCCAGGAGUUCACCGUCAUCUUUGACACCGGCUCCUCCAACCUGUGGGUGCCCUCGGUCUAUUGCUCCAGUCUUGCCUGCUACAACCACAACGUCUUCAACCCUGAGGAUUCCUCCACCUUCGAGGCCACCAGCGAGACGGUCUCCAUUACCUAUGGCACCGGCAGCAUGACAGGCAUCCUCGGAUACGACACCGUCCAGGUUGGAGGCAUCUCCGACACCAACCAGAUCUUCGGCCUGAGCGAGACAGAACCCGGCUCCUUCCUGUACUACGCACCCUUCGACGGCAUCCUGGGUCUGGCCUACCCCAGCAUUUCCGCCUCGGGAGCCACACCCGUCUUUGACAACCUGUGGGACCAGGGGCUCGUUUCCCAAGACCUCUUCUCUGUCUAUCUGAGCUCCGAUGACGACAGUGGCAGUGUGGUGAUAUUUGGUGGCAUCGAUUCUUCUUACUACAGUGGAAGCCUGAACUGGGUGCCUCUGUCUUCUGAGACCUACUGGCAGAUCACCGUGGACAGUGUCAUCUUGGACGGAGAGGCCAUCGCUUGCAGUGCGACCUGCCAGGCCAUUGUUGACACCGGCACCUCCCUGCUCGCUGGCCCAACCACCGCCAUUAGCAGCAUCCAGAAGUACAUUGGAGCCAGCGAGAACUCGGACGGCGAUAUGGUGGUCAGCUGCUCAGCUGCCAGCGAGCUGCCCAACAUCAUCUUCACCAUCAACGGCGUCCAGUACCCUCUGCCCUCCAGUGCCUACAUCCUGGAGAGCGACGAUGUGUGCAUCAGUGGUUUCCAGGGCAUGGACCUCCCCACCUCCUCCGGGGAUCUCUGGAUCCUGGGUGACGUCUUCAUCCGCCAGUACUUCACCGUCUUUGACAGAGCAAACAACCAGGUCGGCCUGGCUUCUGCGGCCUAAGCCUGAGUCUUUCCGGUCACUUCCCAGGAUGAUCCAGCCCCAGCUCGGUGCCCACUCUAGACGUACAUAAUUCUCCUGAUUGCUUUUCCUGUGGGAUUGCGAAGGUGG